UUUUGGGAAAUUCUUUAUGAGUUAUUUUUUGGUUAAUUAAAGCAAGUAACAAUCAUUAUCUCAACAAAAUGCUCUUGAUCCAAGAUGAUGAAAACACCACGUGUCAGCACGCGAUUCCUCGCAACAUGAUGAGCCAUUCGCAUACAGCUAUAUAUAUUCACACCAAACUCACACACAUUUGCUCUUGCUCCCUUGUCAAAAAUUUUAUUACUACAAACACGCACAUUUCUCUACAGCCACUCCAAGAGAAAAAAGGAAAGGAUCUAUAGCUAGCACCAGAAAUCCGGCGGCGGCGACGCUUGCGAGAAUGGAAGUCGGCCUGAAUCUGAAGGCGACCGAGCUCUGCCUCGGCUUGCCCGGCGGCGAAGUGAAUAUCAACGGGAAAAGAGGUUUUUCUGAGACGAUCGAUCUCAAACUCAACCUAAAGUCAAACGAGUCUGCUGGUUUGGAUCUGAAGGAAAACAUGCAGAAUUCUUCCAAAGAGAAAGCUAUGCUACCUCCCAAGGAUCACAUCAAGCCUCCUUCAAAGGCACAAGUGGUGGGAUGGCCACCGGUGAGGGCGUUCCGGAAGAACAUCAUGAGCCAGCAGAAGAGCGAAGAGGAGUCGGAGAAGGCCGCAUGCAGCGGUGGCGCCGCCUUCGUGAAGGUGUCCAUGGACGGUGCCCCCUACCUGCGUAAGGUGGACCUCAAGAUGUAUAAGAGCUACCAAGAGCUGUCUGAUGCCUUAGCCAAAAUGUUCAGUUCCUUCACCAUGGGGAAUUAUGGGACGGAAGGAAUGAUAGACUUCAUGAAUGAGAGGAAAUUGAUGGAUCUAUUGAACACUUCAGAAUAUGUGCCUAGUUAUGAAGAUAAGGAUGGUGAUUGGAUGCUUGUUGGUGAUGUUCCAUGGGAGAUGUUUGUUGAAUCAUGCAAGCGUCUCCGAAUUAUGAAAGGAUCUGAGGCGAUUGGAUUAGCACCAAGAGCCAUGGAGAAAUGCAAGAGCAGAUGCUAAUGAAAUAUUGUGUAAUAAACUACUGCUUGCAACUUGGUUUGAUGGAUCAAGAAGUUCCAAUUAUGUAUCAUUAUUUUUCGUUUUAUUGUGAUUUUUUUUGUUAUUUUUUAGUUUUUCGAUGAAGUAUUGUCUGUAUCUUAUAUUGUAGCAUAUAGAUAUGAAAGUUUUAUGGACAAUUUGUAUUAGACAAGAAGCAAACGCAUCAUCUGUUGUCUGGUUUGUUAUAAUUAAAGUUUAUGACUCAUUUUGGCUUGUUUAAAUUAAUAAAUUGGUCUUGGCUGUCA